AUGGGGGAGACUGGAGCAAGGAGCUGGAGUGGAAGAAGUGGAGGUACAUGGGGACAGGAGGAAGAUAUGAGCUCUGGCUGGAGGAUGGGCAGGCUGCUGCUGACUAGAGUCAGCGCCCUUGCAGCACUUAAAUUCUAUACUGCUAAAUUCCCUGAGACACAUAGGCAGCAGAUUCAUUAUUCACUUGAAUUCCUUGUGGAUAAUCCCACUCCCACACCAUAUUGUGAUCUUGCCAAUAUCAACAAUCCUGGCACUUCUAAGAAAGUAAAUAAUUCUUUAAUAAAAGCAUUACUGAUUUGCUAAGAUAAAAAUUCCACAUGGCAGAGAGACAUGGAAGACAGGUUUAUUGUGCUGGACAACCAUGAAAGUAGGUCAGAUACAUGCUUUCUGUAGAUUCUUGAUGGCUGUCACGGUGUGACAGCUACAGAAACAAUUGUGGCAAAGCUUCCACUUUUAUUUCUUCAACAGCUUUCUCACAUAGAUUCCUCCUACAAAAAUAAAAACGAGAAAGAACAAAUUCUAGAAUUUUUUUUUGCCACACUAAUCAAGGCAGAUAACAGGGAAAAAGAGAAACCAGGCAAUGAGGAGGCCAACAAAACUAAUCUAUUAUGAAAGUGUAUGCCAAGUCCUUUUGUAGAAUGCAGAUUUUUACAGCUGGGAAGGAAUGAGGAUUCCAAAGUUCACUUUUGUGGCUGUUCAGUGGUAAAAAGAAUUCCUAGCGAAGAAAUGGAUGGCACUGGGGAAGAAGAAAGAAAACAUCCUGAAAACAACGCGCACAGUUCAUUAGCCAGGACAACCAAAGGUGUUGCUGGGCUACUGCACGUUGCCAUUAUAGUGAGACGUCAGAGCAAGAAGAAACCAACACUUCCUGUGCAACCUGUCCAAGUCACAGCUACAACAACUGCCAGGGAAUGUCCUGGCAUCAAUGUCUAAAGCCAUGAAAAUGCCCCCAAACAGACAAAACCAUGCUAUCUAAUUCUGAAUCAAAUACUCAGAGCUGGCAGAAAAAAUGGACUCUGAUUCAUUUUAUGACAAACUGCAGGUGAUGUUGGUCAAGAACUGCUCAAGACUGUAUCACCAUUGGGUUCAAAGCCACUACCACAGUUUGAAAAGAACACAAAAAUAUACCAAAUCAAUUGCAAAUCACAAGCUGCAGAAGAGACACAGUCAGCUCAGAGACACUGCAAUGCAACAAGUCACCUUGUGAACAGCUGGCAAAGACUGCAUUAGCUGCAGGUUCAAGAGACAAUAUUACUAUUUUGAUCGUAC